GAGGCGUCAGUGCUAAGUGUGUUUCGUUUAGGACUUGGACCGGACACAUACUGGUGUAGUUGAACACAAGUAAAGCAGCCGUGAAAGAGGCUUUGAGACAUGGACAACUGUGAUUUGGAGAAGCUGUCAGUCUCUGGAGUGAAGCUCCAUCCAGAGUUCACAGCCCAGGUUACUGACUACAGAGUGACAGUGGAGAGUGAUGUCAACACAGUGACUCUGGACAUCAUCACUAGUGACUGUGGAGCUUCACACAGGAUUCUCUUUGGUGACGGUUCCAGCACUAUUAACCUGAAUGUUGGGUUAAACAGAGUAGAAAUUGAGGUGGUAGCUGAGGAUGGCACCAUAAAGAAAUACUGUGUGGAAAUCACAAGGCUGUCUGCAAAGAUUGCAGAACUCAGUAAUCUGGUUUUGGAAGGAGAUAUUCCACUUCAUCCUGCAUUUUGCACCAACAUAUAUGAAUAUGAUAGUUUUGUUCCCUUUCAUUGUAAUGCUCUGACCCUGCUUCCAACGGUGCCAGACAGAACCAUAAAAGUGACAGUGAAUCAGGGAGAUCGCUCACAGCCAGUCCCUCUGAAUUUUGGAGACACUGUGGUGGAGGUCUCAGUCUGUUCAGCAGAUGGCAGUAAUUCACAGGUGUACACACUGUUGGUGACUCGAGAGCUAAUUCCCAUGGCUGUGACCUUCACUGAUGGGAAGCAGCAGCUGGAAUAUGAAUGUCCAGUAUCUCUGACUGCUUUUUAUAGACCCGUAUCUAUCAACCACAGUGACCCAAAGCACAUCUUCUCGAGGCCUUAUAUCGAGAUGCUGGCACGAAGAUCAAAAGUCGACCCACUUAGCGAUUGUCCUCUGGGAGACGGCUGGAGGGUUGUUGAACUGGACCUUGACAGGAGGAUGUCGGCUGCUCUGGUCAAGUGUUUCUUUACUUACAGAGGAUGUGACAGUGUGAUGAAACUGUCUGAGCUGGGGUCACACUGUCUGGACUGUCCACACAAGCCCACAGGGGACCUAGAUGCAAAGGAUGUUACAGAGACUGAUUGGUAUAAGAAGCACUUUGCAUCAUCCAGUUGUUUGGAGAUCGAGACUGAACACACUUUGGAGGUGCGUAACUGGGAGAAAAGACUGCAGAUGACAGAAGGAGAAGAAGAUGUGGAUAAACUGUGUGCCUCGGCCCAGGAUCACCUGAAGUUCUACCGGCAAUGUCAGCCAAAACCAGGGGAUAUUUUUCAGUAUGAGGAUGGCCAGGAUUGCCUGAAUAGCCUAAAGCAGGCUGCUGUCCACUAUGCAUCAGCUAUCACACUCCGCUCCAGAGAAGCCAGACUCCACUUCCUGCUGGGUCUCGUUCUGGAGGAGCAGCACUACGCUACAGCGAUGUACGGCCUCCAGAGGAAGACUGACAAAAACAGAGGUGAAUUAAGCGAUGCCAAAUCAGCAGCACGGCAGGAUGACAUCCUGGCCGUGUGCAAGCUCCACGGUUUCCUUGGCACGCCCACGGUGGAGAAUCAGCUGCAGGCUUUGGAUAAAGAGUAUCAGCAGCUCAAAGAGCAGGGACAGUCCGGCAAAGCAGACUAUGUUCAGACACUCUACAUCUGGUUCUCCAAGAAAUCUGGCAAGGAUAGCGGUGCAGCUGUUCGGGAUCAGGAGGGCUGUGUCCACCAGGCCCUGAUGAAGUACCUGGACGCCUGGUCUCUGAGUCCUGACAGCUGGGAGUACAGCCUCCACGUAGGAAGGCUGCUGCUGCUGCUGCCGGGGAGGAGCAGGGAAGCCCUGCAGCACCUCCAGAGCGGCCUGGCACUGCGCCCGCUACAUCCUCCUCUCAGAUUCUUCACGGGACUGGCUCUGCUGCAGCAGGAGGAGAAAGCCUCCGAGGACACGGAAAAGGAGGCCGCUCUGUUCUUACAACAGGGAAUGGAGCACUUUGUCAGGCAGCGCUGCAGCGCGAGCUGGGUGGAGCAGGAUCCAUCAGACCCAAUCUCAAGCUUCAACACACAGUUCCUGCGAGGUCUUCUCACUCUGGGCCAGCUGCAGCAGAGAAACACGCUGUCUGGGAUGGAUAUGAGUGCAGAGCAGGUCUAUCACACUGUAGCGGUGCUGGCUGCCCAGAGUCUGUGUCGGUGUGUGUCUCAUGGCGAGGCGGAGGGGCAGCUGGAGUGGGUGCUCCUGGAUGCUCAGUUUGCCCUGCUGCAGAGGCUGAUCCAGCAGGGUGAGCGCCAAGCCAGGCCUGGCAUCGAGAGGCAGUCCCUGGUGGCGAAGAGAUGCCAGGCCCUCACGGCUCUCAUACGCCUCACCUCCAUCGCCCCCUGUCAGGAGCUGCUGGACAUGCAGGAGAGGGCAUGCCAGCUAGCAGUGGUGACCACACCGCGGGACAGCCACGCCCUGUGUCUCCUGGGUCUGGCACAGCUGGCUCAAUAUGACAACAACUCAAAUUCAGACAUGUCAAAGGAAGCCAUAACUGGUGCCUGCCUCAGCUUCCAGGCCAGCAUUGAGCUGGAACACAAGACUCAGAGCAGAGAGCCACCUGAACAGCUGAGCAAACAACGGUGGUGGCAGGACCGGCAGGAGGUUGAAAACGAGAAACCUUCCCAGCAGUCCACCACCCAGCCAGCAGGAGUGAAGGGGCCCUCUGACACCAGUGUGGCCAAGAGAGGCGCUAAGGGGGGCAGAGGAGGGCCUGGUCAGUUGCGGUCGUGUGUGGCAGCAGCUGUAUCCAAAGCUCCUGCUCCUCCCCCUCCAGCACCCAUCAAGGGAGGGAAAGCUGCUCAGCCUCCAGCCAAAACCCCUGCAGCCAGGGGGAGAGCUGGAGCAGCAGCCAAAUCAGAUAGAUCAGCUAAAGCUUCCAACAACAGUACUAAACCCCAGCUCCCCACCGACAAGUCUAAACAGGACUGUUGCCCCGAGACUGUUGAGACAGCGGCAGUGACUGCUGUGGAAGACAGAGCGAGCAAGUCCAGUCCGGUGAACUGCAGGUCUCAUAUCUCACGGCUGGGUCUGGCCCGGGCACUCUCCCGCUCUGCAGACACCCAGGACCAGGCAAAGCAACUCUACCAAGAGGUCAUCUCCAUGGCACCAGGGGUCCACGAUGCCUACGUUGAGCUCGUGCAGCUGCUGGAGCCGUCGGACCCUCAGGCUGCAGUGGAGGUGUACUGCAGGUUCCCUCUGAAGCCCGUGGCCGAGCAAAACUUCGACGAUGCCUUCAUCACAGGAGAGAUCGUCCGCAUGCUGAUGACGCUGGAGCUGUACGACCAUCCUCAGCUGGGCCCCAGCCUCGAAGCAUACGGCAAAGUCAUGGGCCUAAGUUGCAUAGAGAAAUACAUCGACAUCUUGGAUGCAAAGUCCAUGACCAAGCUGCUGAUGAGCGUCUAUGCCAAGAUCCAUGACAGACAGGAGGAUGAUCAGGACCUGCAGGACUUCUUCAGGUUCAGAUGCUGGAUCCGAUAAAACCUGUAACCCUUUAACAAAUACCUCU